AUGUGCUUGAACACAGGGGGGGAACCGGACAGGGGGGUGGUAGCGGACACACCAGAAUGGACGACUAGGUACAUGCACGAGAAGAAUCGCAAGCUUCGCCUGCAGUUCGAGGGGGAGGCAGCUGCCGGCCUGCUCUGGCAACCCCAGCUGCCAUCCCACGUGCCAGUCUCGUCCCAGCAGCUUGCCUCUCUGCACAGCUUUGCUGCUCCCAAGCAGGCUGCACCUGGUGCAGGCUGGACUCCUCAUGAACCUUUGCCUGGCAGCAUGAAGGCACAUGACCAAGUGCCUGCCAUUGCUGCUGGUGCUUAUGGUGCUGGUGGUGCUGGUGCUAGAGGAAACGGAGAGGAGGGUGAUUCGGGUGGUUGGCAUGUGCCAUGUGAUCCCAGAGGUCCGGGCGAGGGUUGGGUCGGUGCACGUGGGGAAGGGGAGGAUGCGGCGAGCAAGGCAGUUGUGGUAGCUGGAGAUGCACGGCAUGUGGAGUCAUGGCAGCGCGGAGUGAGUGGUGGCGGCGCGGGGUAUGACAAGAAUGAGGGAGCGAGGGCUGGUGAAGCAGCGUUGCAAGGAGUGCAGCGCGGUGCAUCGAGUGGCAGUGCGUCUCGCCUGUUUGAAGGCGUGGUCAUUUGGGAGCUACGGCAGCUGAUGCUGGUGCAUGGAGGCGUGUUUGAGAACUACUUCCACCCCUCGCGCGUCACGCACAUCAUCUGCGCCAACCUCCCAGACACCAAGCUCGUGCAGUUCCGCAACAACCCAGCAGUGUUCUCCUUUGCUUUUCCCUUUCUCAUCCGUUAUCUAUUCUCCACCCCGCUCCCAACCUUCGCCCCCGUUUUCUCAGUGGAUGCAUUCUUCCUGCGCCGCCUGGCCUUGGACCAUCCCGAUCAGAAGACCCUCCCCUCCACCUUCUUCCGUGCUGAACCCGCGCCGCAACUCCCUUCCUCGCACUCUCCUGCUCGCGUUGCUGCCGUUCCUGCGAACCCGGCUUCUCCUUUUGCACCUCUUGCCAUUGCCGCUGCGCCUGCUGGCUCUGCUGCCAACGCAACUGCAGCCGCCGGUUCUAUCGGCACAGCUCUUGCUCCCUGCACCCCCUGCCUGAUCCAGGGGCUAGACUUGCAUGCAGCAGACACAGAAGCAGAAGCAGAAGCAGCAGCAGAAGCAGCAGCAGAAGCAGCAGCAGCCGCGCGUAUCAGAACACAGGGUACUGUGAUUGAUCAAGGGGAUGCUUGCGACGCACGUAUAGGCGCCUCAAAGAUCGUUUCGUUGUAA